AUGCCUCUCGACUUCCGAUCAUUCAUAUCUCUUUUAUCAUUUCUUGUAAUUGCUCACACGAUCUCGGUCGCUAAUGUACCAAUUUGUGUAUGUCCCGAGAUCAAAUGCCCAGUUUGCGAAGAUUGUUCAUUGAGUCACCGUUCAUCGGCUCUUCUCAAAGACAAAGAAAUACUCAACAACAAUAGAAUUCAGUUCAAUCCAUCCCCUAGAUGGUCAAUAGUGGAGGAUGUAAAGAGAUCACCAGAAACAAUAAAGAUCGGAAUAUCUCAAUUGAAGUCGAUAACGAAUGGAAAUUUGAAGGAACGAGCUCAUGUAACAACUCGAAUGAGUGUGAAUGUCGAGAAGAGAGAACCACUCAUCGAACAAGCACCACAUGCCAGAAAUCUAAUCAUUUCAACUCCUCAAACAAGCACCGCCAGCUCAGCGCGGAAUAUCGGCGCUACUAGGAUCUCGUUAAAGCCAAUCAAUUUGAAUACAACUCGAUCUUUCGCUUUUCGCCGUUUGAUUUCUGCAAAAUGGGCUCACACUUUUAGAUGGCCGACUACAGAGGUAAGACUACGAACAAUUGCUCCAAAACAGAAAAUCACGUUGCGGCCUAUAAUAAAAGAUGAUUAUGAUUUGAAUGAAGAAGAGGAAAUAUUGAGGAAUCGGGUACUGGCACAGAUUAAAGAAAAGAAUGAAGUCGUGAAGACAACGCCGACAGUGCUUUCAACUACAGUACCUGUUGCGACUUCGACAACAACUGAAACCACGACGACGAAGAUCUCUGUUGAUUCGAUUAGCACAACAUCACCCCCGACAACCACGCCUAGAGUCAUUGUUUCUUCUGAUUCACCGAUUGUUGAGCAAAUUUCUCCAUCAGGAUAUGCGUCAAGUUCACUAUUUGGCUCUCGGACUCACACUUUUGAUCCGACGAAAUGUAACAAUGGAGAGUGGGCUGAACUGUUGGAAAAGAAAAUGAUGCAAAAUGAUGCGACAAGUUCAAAGCAGAGAAUCUCGAAUGAAUUGGGCGAGUCGGCUCUUCGGGCGGUCAGUGUUCUCUGCUCGAGGACCACGAUCAGUUUCCGAUUGGUGGCCACAAAAUACUGCCAGAUGACCUCGGGCGAUGUGACUUGUCUCAUCUUUGAACCA